GGCGAGUGCAAAGGAGCGGUUAAGACUUGUUGAUGUCGAAGAUUGUCGAUCUAUAGACGGAAGCGAGUCUCUUCACCGCUCAUAGUUUUUCUUGCAGCGCGGGGAUUGAUGGAAAAUGCGCUUUUGCGCGGGAAAGGUGUGCGUGUACAAUGUUGCCUAUAGCCUAUGCAGCCGCAUCUCCUAUCCUGUCUUUUUGAUUACACACCUGAUUGCUGUCUUUUCAAGGAAUUAUGGGUUUAAUAUUCAAAUCCGGACAUCCGUAUUGUCUCCUCCGCUUUGGGCAAAGUCUUAAGUUGAUCUAUGUGCAUGUAGUUGUCACACCGUGCAGACGUCAUCCGCACAGGACAAGGGUCAGCUUUGGUUACAUUUUUUUCUCCCUAUCUCCAAUCGGUGUACAAUCAUCCAUGUUGUGUUUGUUUCUCUACCACAACACCAAUCUACAAUGACAGUCCAGCUGUGAAGGGAAAAUGGAAUAUACAAGGAGAAGACGUUGUGAAAACGCAUGCCAUGCAGUCAAAUAGGUAGCCUAUAUUGCAAUUCAAUAGAUAUAGACACGUUUGAUUUUUAGCUUACUUUUUGGUGUUGUAACCUAUUUAUCUUACUGACAUUUACUGUCUAAUAUUUGACUCUCCGAGAUGAAUGGCCAUUUCAGGAGCAGUGUUGGCUAGGCUAUUACAUGUUCAACUUGUCUUCGUAAAUGUCGUGUUCUCCUGUGCUGUACUCUAGUGAGUGAGUGCCGGUCGUCCGACAGUGAUAAUCACCCAGAAAAGCGCUUUCGUUUGUUUGGACGGGCUGUCGACACAGACACUCAACACUGCGUGGCUGCCGCUGUCCAGGGUGCUGAGUUCUGAAUCCGGUCUCCAAGAGGAGAGGAGGGAAAGAAGACAAAAGGAGCGUGGGAAGGGGAGGCUAUAACAGACACUAGACAUUUAGGAGGAGAUGGAAGUGUCACCCAAUGAACCGAAAAUCAAUACGCAUAAAUGACUUUUGAGCUAUCUCGUUCGGGGUGAGUUUUUGCCAAGCAAUUUCUUCAACUCCUGAUGAAAAUAUGUAAUUAAAUAAUUGUAUGACAACGUUUUCAUGAUGCUCACGAAUCGUACAAUUAAUGAUAACGAAAUGUUUCCUAAGCACUAAAAUGUAAUGUCGGGACAAUAAAAGCAGUUAUCAAGAAGAAGUAUUGAAAUACCUACCUGAUUCAACACCACGGACCGGACCAUCUAGCCGCCACCAUGGGACUGUGACUUGAGCUGCGAGCGACUAGAGGCGGUUGUUUAUGUGGUCUGCGCUCCGUGUGCGGACGGAGUGCGGACCGGACCUGAGCAGCAGUGAGACAUUGAGCCAUGGCAGCCGCUAUAGCCAGCGGUCUGAUCCGGAAGAAGAGGGAGGCACGGGAGCAGCAUGUAGACCGACCACCCCAGAACAGACGGAGGAAGAGCCCCAUUAAGAACAAGGGGCUCUGCAAUGGCAACCUGGUCGACAUCUUCUCCAAAGUGCGUAUCUUCGGCCUGAAGAAGAGGAGACUACGGAGACAAGAUCCCCAGCUCAAGGGUAUAGUGACCAGGUUAUAUUGCAGGCAGGGAUACUACUUGCAAAUGAACCCAGAUGGCUCUCUUGAUGGGACCAAGGAUGACAACAGUAACUCCUCUUUGUUUAACCUCAUUCCUGUGGGUCUCCGAGUUGUUGCGAUUCAGUCCGUGAUGACAGGGUUAUACAUCGCCAUGAACGGGGAGGGCCAUCUCUACACAUCAGAACUCUUUACGGUGGAAUGCAAGUUCAAAGAGUCUGUGUUUGAGAACUACUAUGUGAUCUACUCGUCGAUGCUGUACAGGCAACAGGAGUCAGGGAGGGCUUGGUUCCUGGGACUCAACAAAGAGGGCCAAGUCAUGAAGGGGAAUCGAGUGAAGAAAACAAAACCAGCUGCUCACUUCCUGCCCAAGCCAUUAGAAGUUGCUAUGUACAGAGAGCCAUCGUUGCAUGACGUAGGAGAGACCAAAGCUCCCAAAGGCACCGUCCCUCCCAGUAAAAGCACAACCGAGCCCCCAGUGAUGAAUGGAGGCAAACCAGCCAGCAAGCCUGCUACUACUACUACUACUACUACUACUACUACUACUACAACUGCUAGGCCCCACACAUAGCCACACCUCACCUUAUGUGUGUGUGCAGGGAGGUGUGUGCGUGUGGAGGGGGGGGGGGGGCACGAUGGAGGCAGGGAUUCUCCCUACUGGACUCCAAACUUGCACCAUCUUUCUUCUGUGGAUCAGAUCCAGGCAAUCCCUCGUUCCUUCCUUUCUUCUCCUCCUCAUCUUCACUCUCUCUCUUUAACUCAUCAAUGGUGGAUCAAUCCAGAAAGGUGUUCGUCGACCCUCCCCCCUCCUAAAAAGGAAGGAAGAGUGACCCUGACCAUGGAAUGCGCCUUUAGAAUCCUCUCAGUAACUGUGAGAAUCCAUGAGAAUUAUGUGUGUUUCACGGCCACAUGUGGUACCUUGCUUGCUGACGGUAACCCAAGACCACCCCCUCUACUUAUAUGCCCUGUUGCAGCAGAGUCUAUUUCCUAUACCACAGUCCACCAGUUAUGGUCUGGGCUAAAUGCUGUACAAAUAUAGUAAAAAGAAAUGUGGACUGUUAUCCUCUAUUUUUUACAAGUAUGUUCUCGUCUCUUUCUCUUUCUUUCUCUAUUAUCACACUUUUCUCUUUGUCUAAUAAGUUACGUUUUGCAGGGGCAGUGUGUGGUUUUGUAAUACACACAGACACAUAGACACUGAAAUACACUCUUCCACCAAUACACACACACACACACACAUGCACAAAAUAAGAUGCCACCGGUGGCUUGGUUCCAGGGACUUAUUUAGGAAGACUGGUGUUUGGGAAGCACUGCAGAUACACACACUCUCACACAACGUCUACAUCAAGGGGAGAGUCAGAAUCUCAGGCUGCUUGUUUUUUUUUUACGGCUCGAUAAAGAAACACUGGAGCCUGGUGGAGAGCUCCCGCAAUCAUAGCUGAUGAAGUGCUAAUUACCCCCACUGCAAUCAAUGCGAGGAUCCCACAAACACACAUAGACACACAAAUGCUUGUGUGUGUGGGAGAGCGCUUUAACAAGUGGUGUAUACAUAUCACUAUCCGAUCCCACCAGCGGUUAGCUCUGCCUCGUCCGGUAGGUAACUAGGAAACUGAAAUCUAUUUUAUUUCGGAGCGUGGACUCUAGGAAUAUCAAUAGGCCUUGUAGGCCUCUGUCCCUCAUUCGGUGACUUCUCUGAGCAACGGGCUAGGUUGUGGCUCAGAACAAAUGUUUCAAGGCCAACAGCGGCAGCAAUUUUACAAGCAGCCACUUUACAUACAACUCUACCCGAGGUUUGGAGUGGAAAGCGGCUGAACGCGAGUAGGUGCCACUGAUCGGCUGCAUCCCCAUUUUGUUCAGCAAACUAAAAAAGGUUAGUGUUGUGUUCUCUUUUUACUUGCAGCAGCAAUGCAAGAGAUGGCUUAUAUUAUGACUUUUUCACGGUAUACAAAAAAAAACUUUUUAAACUACUUAAUAUCUUGAGAUAUUACCAGAGGAUUUUCUCCUAGCUCAGCAUGAAGAGUCCAGUAUCGCUCAACUUGGCCUAUCACGUGCCUGUUUAGACCUCAAUUCCUGGCAUGCAAAAACAUAUAUCCAGUCACAACUGGGCCUAAGGUGCCUCACCCACCAAACACAUCCAAUAGAGACCUAGUAGCAAUAUUCACUCAACAUCCUUUACAGACCACAGAGAUUGAUUCAUAAAAUUACCAAAGUAUCCAAGAAGCCAGAACAUCUUACGAUACCACAGUUGUUACUGUGUAGAUCAAUGGCAACAGCAGCCGACGGCAGUCGGAUUCUGACUAGAUUUUCCUGUUUUGUGUUUUUUUUCACUGUGACUUACCAUAUGGUUAAUUUUCACUAAAAUAAUCCCAUUGAUGAAUAGAUUCUCUGUUGGUCUUCUCGAUGAACCUCUGAAAUCUCGUGUUCAUAUGAAUCGAGGUUUCGGCAUGCCUAGAACAAUUUACAUGCAUGUUUUUCCACAAGGGACUAUGGGAUAAUGGAAAGGUACUGUUCAGACCUAUGUAUGUGAGUGUGGAGUUGUUUGGAAAUUGUUUGGGACUCGAAUUAGCAUGUUGUUAGGCACACUCCUCCUUCCACUGGAGCUAGAGUACUUCACUGCACUUUCUGUUCAGUCCUGAUCUGAUCAUGACAGUUAGCAAUUUAUCAACCAUUAUCUAAAUCUAUCAGCGGAUUUACUACCAAACUUGUCUUGAUUUAACGAUUUUCAUAAUAGUUUUGAUAGAUACGAUUUAGAAUGUUGAUAAGUAGACUGAAGCUACUGUAUGCUGCUAAAAUUGCAAAUAUAUUAAGAGAUUAAUUUGACUAUAUAAUUUUCCAGAGUUUAUUGGGAUUUUGAGCUACUAGUUUCUAGGGGAUGUUGAAACACAUUGUUAGUUAGAUUUAAAAACACUUGUCUGUACAAAGCUACAUGAAUGCUAUUAUAACAAUGUCUUACUAUAAAACAAAGGAGCUGAAAUAAUUUUAAUUGACUUUAGGGCUGGUGUCCCUCUUCCACAUGAGACCCAGGCUGCAUCCCAAAUGGCACCUUAUUUUUUACAUUGUCCACUACUUUUGACAAGUGCCCUAUGGGCCCUGGUCAAAAGUAGUGCACUAAAUAGGGAAUAGGGUGCUAUUUGGGAUGUAGCUCCAGUCAUUUCCCCACAUCAUAAUUAACUAUACAUGGUAGGCUACCCAAGCCCUUGCAGACCAGUUGACUGGUUCUUCGAAGGCGGAACUUUAUUUUUGUAAAUGACUGACGUGUGUAAAAGUGCAUCUGCUUUAUCGCUCUAGACGCCAUCUUGUUUGUGUGUUUGUUUUGUUCCUACUGUAUACGGGUUGUGUGUGAUGUCGUUUUCCUGAUCCUUCAGAAACAGUUGUCAUUAAAAAAAAGAAAAUCAAUUUUCUCUCUCUCUCUCUCUCUCUCUCUCUCUGUCAACACAUUUGUCGAAAUCUAGUUGGAGGGGAUCUUUGUUACAUGUGCUUUAGUUUAGUUUUUCAACCACAUAGUUUGCCCGUUGUCUCAUCUGUUGCAUGGGGAGAGGAUGGCAUUGAUGAACUGCAUGUAGUAGUCUAUGUGUAUCAAGAACUGUUGGUAUGUACUGCAAAUUCUACAUACAUAAAUUAUAUGCAACGAGUUUGUCUGCACACAUAUACAACAUAUUGAAUAAAAUAUUUAUAUAAAGGUGUGACUGUAAUGUCAGUAACAUUAAUGCAAUAUACUGUGCAGUAUAUUAUUGCACCUAUCAUUUUGAUGGGAUAAAUAAAACGAGAGGUUGGCUAGUACUAAAAAGCAUGAAAAAGCCAAAGUAGAAUUAUUUACAUUAAAUGUUUCUGUACUACUUCCAAUCAAUCGUGUUUUCAGGUAGAGGUUGGAUUCUCGCGUAAAGGCAACUCACGUCCCCUGAAACCACCUGCUGAAGUGACAUGAAUACCAUGCCACUAUAGAGCUAUGUGUGGUUUCUUCUUCUUUUUUUUCUUGACCACGACAUUUGAAAAAUUGGAAUUCACAAGGGAGGGGGAGUUACCAUGCAUUGACUUGUGGUAGAAGAUUAUGAUGGUUGUGAUUGUUUACAGCAAUGGAAAGGAAUAGGCAUUAUUACAAUUAUUCAUAUAAAAAUAUAAACCAUUGCAGGUAUGCCCCUUGGAGACAUGUUAUAUGUUGUGUUAUAACACAUUUAUACCCACAUAUUAUUAUGGUAUUUACAUUGUU